AUGCCGCAUUUGCACGACGCUGCUCUCUUGUGGGCUGCACUCGUCAACAGGAAGGACCAUGCAUUUCUCGUUCGAGAAGCCCUCGGUCGCCUAUGGUCAAGGAGUCUUCCGGGCUCGCAAGUCGUCGAUGAAGCUUACAUCAAGGACAUGAUCCUUCUGAAAACCAUCAUUGACAUCCAACGUUCCCGCAUCCGCUCCGACCCGCCGAGCCGAUUCAUUCUCUCAAUCAAUGACAUUCUCGAUUGUCUGGACUGUCUUUGUCAGGCCGGAGCAGCAUUACUCCACAGUUCUCAAGUCAACAGCACAGGUCGUGGAGUUCUAGAGCUUUCUCAACGGGUUUUCUUCUCGGGAGUCCUGGCAGUUACUCUCACCAUUGAGCGAGAAGACAAUCGGAUGACGACAACAAGACAGCAAGUCUCUAGGCUUGAAAUGUGCAUCGAUAAAUGGCCCUUGAAAGUUCUGUGUGGGCUCGCAGGAGACUGGUGCAUGGCCAUCCUCAAAGGCGCAGUUAAAGACCUCCUGGGAAGCACGAAUACUGACAGCUCUUGUGGCGGACAUUUCGUCCUGGAUGCAACCGACUGCGACAAUUUCGCCUUCACGUUCGAUCUGUCAACGCGUGUACCUCAGGCCGUUGCAUGUGUUGCCAGAGCAUGUGUAUACGGGUACCGCAGUGCCCUACUUCUGGCCGACAUAAGAUUGAUGCUGAUCGCCGCAUGCUUCGGAUGCGCGAAGAAUGAUUCUAACCCCGAGCUUUCAACCGACUCUUCGGAAAGUGCCAUACGAAACCUUGGCUCAACACCCGUCACGGACGAGCUCAAUACAGUGCUUGAGCAGUGCAAAACUCUUGAUGCAUACUGUGAAGACCUACAGAGCGCCGACGAAGGACGGUCUCUGUCGAACUUUCUGACCUACAUUGAGCCUUGGCCCUCUUCCAGCGAAAAUGCCGAAAUCGUCAAUUGGAUGGGCCGUGCCAAUGGUGCUCAGGCAGUCUCAUCGAAUAUGAGUACACUAUCAGCUCAUUAUCUACAGAUCGUUGAGGACCUCGAGCAUAGGAACUUGACUGUCGUUAACGCGGACGCGCCUCUACUGCGGGUCUACAACCACCUGUCUGAGCAGGUCCGAACGUGGACCUCGUUGCCGGUCGAUAACGCCCCGUCACAAGAGCUUGAGGUUCCAGAUAGGAUGUUUUCACAAGGUACGUAUGUUCUAAGCUGCAGUGAUCUGCAUCCCAUCGGAUUCAAGAUGCUCGCAGACUGUAUCGUGUCCAGUGGCAGACAAGUACCCGAACCCAGUCAACACAUAAUCGACGUCUAUUUCGAUUGCCCCUUUCCCCAUUCAGACAACAGCACUGUCCGAAAAGCCAGGAGAAUUGCUCCGCUGUGUGAAAUCUACGAGCCUCUGCAAAGAAUGGUCGCACCGGAGGUCGAAUUGGAGGAAUCUGCGGACAAUAGGGUGAAUACACCCCUGGCCUCCGACCAACUAUCGGCGGCGCGUCCAGUCAGGAAUCAAGAAGCGCUUUUGCUGGAUCAAGCCAGUAUAAGGUCAUACCCACGAGCUCCUGCACCUCCAACCCCGUCAAUACCCUCUCUUUACCCCUCUUCCGUGAGCCUAGGAUCUUUCACAGACAAGACUUCAUCCCUCACACCUUCAGCAAUGGCCAAGAUGGGUAUACACAAGCGCAGCAAAUCCCACAUGCUUCAACAUAGCCCUCACUUACAGUCCGCACUGAGUCCAGACGCUUCAAACUUGAUUGUCUGGGCUCGAAACAGGAUAGCGCGCUGGGCGUUGGAUGGUGAUAACCCUCAUUGGCAAGGUGAAAAGGUCAUGCAUGACAUUACAUUAGCGGCCACCGGUGCCUCUCACUUUGCCACCGUCAAUCAGGAGAAUUAUCAACCUUUGCAGUUGUCUCUUUUUGAUGCUACCGGUGUGUCGGUGGGGAAAAUGCCCUUCACCAAGAUUCCACAAAGCCUGGCCUUUUCCUAUGACGGAACCAAGCUAGCUAUCGCAACAAUCGACGAAUUGCGGAUCAUCUCAACACACAUAGAGAAUUGGUCACGCUCCUAUUGCAGUCAAUCACUGAUACCACGAUCAAAUCAUGCGAACGAGAGUGAGAAUGCGGGUUCGGCUUUCUGGGCAACCGCAAAAGUGCGCACGCAGAUGUUAUCGUUUUCGACAGAUCAGCGGCAAGUCCUUGUAGGAACACAGUAUCAGGAUGAGGCAGGAAGUACUCUAUUCUCGCUUUUCGACAUCCCUGACCACCCCAACGGGAAAAUUCCCCAUCCAUUUCGCUUUGUUAAGGAUAUAAAAGUGGUAAGAGACGGCUUAUCCUUCCCAGCGCGAAAGCGCUCUAACAUUAUAGACAAAACUGACCACAGGUCAGGAAUCACUAGACCCCGGGUUGACGGCACUGCCGUGUCUUCACAGUUCUGGACAGACAACACUAAUCGUCGGGACAGCCUCUGCUCAUAG